CCCAUAUCGUAUAAAUAUAUAUUUGAUAUAAAUCGGGUUUGACAGGUUUGCAGCUGUCAGUGGCGUUUGAGCUGGCGAAGCACGAAGAUCAUCUCAGAAGAUAGCGCGCAGCAUGGGCAAUGUACUGGAAACGAAAAUGUCCUGCGAGAGGCCGGUGGCUGUGGUCCAGCCCAUGCCAGCGGAGGAGCCGGCGUCUCGAAGGGAGGAGGCGGAGGCGUGUCCCAAGGCGAAUGUCACCCUGCAGUUGUUUCACUAUCGCCAGCAAAUGGCGCUCAAGGAUCAACAGGUGGUCAAGUGGGCCACAUCGAAGCUGCUGCUCACCGAGGAGCUGCUCAAGCAACCGGAUCUGCCGCAGCAGCAGCAGCAACAAAAACAACAACAACAACACAAAAAGCAACUCGACAUGCCAGACCUGAGCAUCGACGAGGACAACGAUGCUGCGUGGGCGGAACGCCAAUUGGCCAUGUUAACGGACGACGAGGAUGAUGUCGAUAACGCUGAGAAUCUGUCGCCCAUAGACGAGGGAUUGGGCAACGAGCUGAACCAUCUCAUCAAUUACAGACUAAAGCUGCGCAACACCAUCGUCGAGGUGGCCCAGGAGAAGAUGCGCAAGCGUGAGAAGACGAAGCUGAAGCGUUUGAAACGCCGCACACUCAUCUCCUCGAAGAAGCCCAGCAACAAGGACAAGCAUCGGCGCUCAUAUUAGGAGUUAGAAUUGCAUUCGUUGUAUAUAUGUUUAC